AUGUCUAGCAACAAAUACAGCACGCUUCCCGAUAUAGAUACACAGCCAGAUGUUUACGAGACACCUGAUAACGAGGAGCCUGAAACUUCAGACGAUGGGUAUAACCUUAUAGAAGAGGUUAAUGAGGACAUUGUAAGGGACAAAAUUUCUAUGAAUGAUGCGGUUGGCAAGUUUAAGGACAGUAUCGUUGAUUCCUCAGAAACAGAUUUUUCUGAUAGAUUAUCUCGCCAUACAAAGCAAAUGUACAAAAUUUCCUCCAGAAAACCUUUGGACAUAUCAGAAUAUGAAAUAUUGCCAAGAGAACAAGCAUCACAGGAGACACCUCCUCAGAAAUUACAAAGAUUAAUGUAUGAAGUUCGAGAGCUCAGAGAACAAGUUGAAAACAAUAAGGAUGAUCCAACUGUUGCGCAAAUUUCCCAUGGCGGCAUGAUCUCUCAGAUAGAUCAUUUGCAAAAUGAUCUCGAUCGUAUUAGUCAGGGUCUGGGUGAUCUUCCUUUAGAUGAACAAGAUGGCACUAUAAUUCGACAAGCUGAAUUAGGUAAAAGGUUAAUUCAUCAAUUGGAAACAUUUAAAAAUAUUGGAUUUCCCAAAGAAGAUGAUGAGAAAGAUGCGACCGCGGAUGAUGAUACUACAGUACAAGCGUCAAGCGUAGACAGCGGGAAGAAUGUUGUCACUUACGAACUUUAUUAUUCUCCGGAAACUAUAAAAACACACGCUUUAGCUAAAACAGCGGAGCUUGAUGAACGCAUUUCUGUACUAGAAAAAGUUCUGGGCACAUCACAUGGACAAAACUUUGAUGAUCUUUUGCUUUCUAUACCAAAUGCAAACCUAAUCAUGUCAGUCGAAAAGCUUGAACAACAUAUGCAACUCCUUAUUCAGCCGCGUCAUUUAGAGUCGAUUACAAGGAAAGUCAAGACAUUAACAUCAGAAUUAGAGAAAGUGAAUGAUUUGAAAAAUAAAGAACUCUCCAAUGGUGGUGUUAUUCCAUUUGAAACGGGAGAAAAGGUGGAUCGUCUUUUUGGUCUCCUCGAUAAAAUUGAUCCUUUGAUCGCAUUAGCGCCAGCUCUUGUUAAUAGAUUGAAAUCUUUGCAACAAUUGCAUAAUGAAGCUGCUGUGUUUAAUGAUACUAUAAAAAUGCUGGUUGGGGAACAGAGUAAAAUUGGAGAUGAGCUCAAAAAUUUGAAUGAUGUAGCAGGAAAGCUCAAAACAUCCAUAAAAGAAAACGAUGAGUUGAUUUAUAAGAAUAUUGAGAAAGUCGAGGCCCGUGUUUCGGACCUUGCUCAGAGACUUGAUAAAGUAUUAGUAGUAACUCUACUUCUGCAUUUACUGAUUGUUCGUCUAUUUCCAGAACGCAAACCAUUAUUUGACAAGAUAUUAAUAGCCAACCGUGGAGAAAUUGCAUGUCGCGUAAUUCGAACGGCUAAAGCAUUAGGCAUUAAAACAGUCGCGGUGUACAGUGAAGCCGAUAGGAAAGCUCGUCAUGUCAAAUUGUCUGAUGAAGCCUACCUGAUAGGGCCUUCCCCUUCAAGGGAAAGUUAUUUAAAUAUUGAAAAAAUAAUUUCUGUAGCUAAAAGAAGCGGCGCCCAGGCUAUUCAUCCAGGAUAUGGAUUUUUAUCCGAGAAUCCUUUGUUUGCCGAGCGUUUAUCAAUCGAAAAUAUUACAUUCAUUGGCCCACCAGCUUCUGCCAUUAUAUCAAUGGGUUCAAAAAGUGAAUCCAAGGAAAUCAUGACUGCCGCUAGUGUUCCUGUAGUACCAGGUUAUCAUGGUUCAAAUCAAGACCCUGCUUUUCUCAAAGACAAAGCUGCCGAAAUAGGUUAUCCGGUUCUAAUAAAAGCAAUUAAGGGUGGUGGCGGCAAAGGCAUGCGAAUUGUCAACGAUCCAUCUGAAUUUGAUCUUCAACUCGAAUCUUCCAAGCAGGAAGCAAUCAAAUCUUUUGGUGAUGAUCAAGUUCUUAUUGAGAAAUAUAUCCUCACACCUCGUCAUAUAGAGGUGCAGGUUUUUGGAGACAUGUAUGGAAAUGCAGUAUAUCUUUUUGAAAGAGAUUGCUCUGUGCAAAGAAGACACCAAAAGAUUCUUGAGGAAGCUCCUGCUCCCGGAUUGAGUGAAGAACUAAGAAACGAAUUAGGGCAAAAAGCAGUGACCGCUGCCAAGGCUGUCAAUUAUGUUGGUGCUGGAACAGUGGAAUUUAUUUUUGAUAACGAAACUCAGCAAUUUUAUUUUAUGGAAAUGAAUACUCGACUUCAAGUUGAACAUCCAGUAACGGAGAUGGUGACCAAUACUGAUUUAGUUCAAUGGCAAUUAGAGGUUGCUGCUGGUAAUAAAUUGCCUCUCACGCAAAAUGAUUUGCGCCUUGAUGGACAUGCUUUUGAAGCACGUAUAUAUGCAGAAAAUCCUGAUAAUAAUUUCUUGCCUGAUAUUGGCCCUCUUAUUCAUUUACAUACCCCUCAGUCUUCAUCCACUGUUCGUUUGGAAACUGGGUUUGAACAAGGUGAUGAAAUAAGCGUACACUAUGACCCUAUGAUUGCAAAGUUAAUUGUUAAAGGGGUUGAUCGUACUGAGGCACUUAGGAUUUUGAGAAAAGCUCUAAAUGAUUAUGAGGUUGUUGGCCUGCAUACAAAUAUUGAAUUUCUGAAAAAACUUUCAUCUCAUCCUGCCUUUAUUGCUGAAGAAUUGGAAACAGGAUUCAUUGAAGUAGUAUUUUGA